AUGGGGUUGGCUCCCAGUAGAGAACUCCUUCGGCGCGAAUUGACCCGCGGUCUCUUCUUCGUAGACUCCGCGUACCAAUCCAGUACCACGUCUAGGCGUAGCACCCCCAGCUCUGUGCAAGAAAUCGUUCUCGUGCCACUCAUACCAGAUUACUUUCCCUCAGCAGACUCACCGAUAUUUAAGUUGUUUCUAAGUGUGUACAGGGAGAUGCAGAUCGGUUUCAAACGCUUAAAUGAGCAAUACAACGCCGCAUCAGUGUCUGCUGAGGCGUCUGAUAAGGAGAUUUAUGAUCAUUUUAUGAGCAUCAGUUGUCAACGUCUCUUUGAGACGGACAGUGAAUUACUCGCUGUUUAUCGAGCUGGGAGGGUUUUUAGCACUGUACCAUGUGCUGUGGCAUUUGUGCAUGAACCCACUCUACUGCAGGCGUCUGUGAGUGCAACAUCUAUGCACUCAUCUAUGAGAUCCCCAGUGACAACAGUUCAAGUACAUGGUCUGAAUCUCUUCAUCAUUGGGUUCAUCGGGGAUAUGGGCUCAUGCCCAUCCUCGCUACCCCAGAACAAGGCCAAAAACAGCCCAUAUAAGAUGGGGCUAUUUUUGUCCAAGAAGGUGGGUGGGAAUCAGCGUAUGAUGUUGUCGUGCCUUGCGGCGUACACCUUUAUCUCACAGCUGCGCCGCAUAGGUAUCGUGGAGAGCCUCUCUGUAGCGGAAAGUUUGGAUACUAUUUACACCACUCCAGAGAAUCAGCACAUGGACACUUCAAAAAACCUUAUUCCAAGUGACGAAGCAGACGGCUGUGAGGAGCGGGAAGGGGGAAGGACAGAGAGCUGGGAGGAGGCAAACAUCAGUGGCAAUAUCAUAUUCCGUUCUCUAGAGUUUAGUGUCGAGCUGACCGACAUCCCGUGGAUGUGCUACAUCCGCGAAUUUCGAGCACGAAUUGCAAAAUACACAAGCGGGGCUGAAGUGCAAUCCAAAGGCGCUGUUCCGCUUCUGAGGGAUAAGGAGUCUUUUACAAAACGAUCUCUGAUAACUUUUGUGGAGGGUGAUACUCUACGGGGAUUUAUGGACGGUGACCAGUUUAAAAAAUUUGUCGAGUGGGCAUGCUGGUACUAUGAGACAGGGCGUGUGAAUCUUAUUGGAUCUCGUGCGGCAGAAUUUCGUGCUGCUUUGGCCAAGGAAAGCAUGAAGUGCAUCGUGGAAGGAAAAGUAUUUCUGGAUCCUGCCGAACCUUCGGGAGCUCAAGUGGGCGAUGUGUGGGUCGUCAGCGCAGACAGUUGCACGCGCGAGAACGGUACUGGGGAGGAAAUCCCUGUGGUGCGUGGGACGGUCAUGCGGUAUGACGGCAGCCGAUGGUGCCAGCAGGAGGAUCUAUUUGCGGAGGACAUUCUGCUUGCAGUCUGUCGCGAGGAAUGCCUCCAAGCGCGGGAAGCAGGACCCGAUGACACCCACUGGUUACGUGACGCAAAUGGAUCUCUGGUGUGGGGCGAAGGUGGAUUUUGUCAGUGGAAGUUUCUCAAGCAUGGAUUGGAACUAGUGUACAGUACCGUGCCAACCUUUGCGAAACAAAAGCCCCGAAGGAAGACAGAUGCUGGUGGUAAAUUCACAAACAGGAGUGGGGCGCGCGUAGUCUCGGAUGCGCUUGCGGCAAGCGCGAGAGUCUUGACGCGGGACCGUUGGGAUUCCCUGCCGUUGGGUGGUUUCAGCCCUCCUCUGGCUCUUAGCAACCCGGUUAGAGGCUUAUCUGAGAGUAACGGCUCCAGCCAUGGAUACAGAGAGACUAGUAGUCAGUGCAACUUCGUACCCCUCUGGCCGGGCGCCAACCGUGAGUCAAGCCUGUUGCUCCCACACACAUCAUUGGACGGUGGCCUGACGACUUCAGCGCGUUCGUGUGGCAACCGCAGUGCAUGGUGCCACGCGCCAUCCUCGCCGCUGCCAGUGGUACGCACCGAAAGUGAUGAUGAUCCAAUCGGCUUGUAUCCGCGGUCAACACAUGUCGCCGCAACGGCGCCGACCGGAUCUCUACAUCGAAGCCUCCGAUGCGGAGGUCGUGUCAGAGAAUCCGUCUCUGUGGGGGGCCCGUCCUUGGAUGUUGAUGAUGCUGACGAACAUGAGUCCUUCUGGCGGGACCGAGAGACGCCCUUGGGCAGUGCGGGGAGCAGUCUGCGCACGUAUGAUGAGCGCGGGAAAUUCCGCUGGGAUUGGGGACGGCGUGCCCCGUGA